AUGUCGUCAUGCAUACGGAGGGCUGUCUUGUUCGGUGGCGCGGUCUCUGCGCACAUCGAUGUCAACGCCCUGGAUCUGGCAGUCGGAGCAGCAGCGGAAGGGGAGUGGACGAGGCGCCUGGUGCUCGAAGUUGCCGUAAAGUUGACUCAGAGUCAGCGCUGGACGGUGUUUGCUGAGCCGGCGACGAUGGUCGAUCCAGACAGGCUGGAAGCGAUUCUGGCAAGCUACGAUGCAAAGGAACCAUGGUACUUGGGCCAUGGGCUCACGGACGACCAAAUGUCCAUCGUCCACCACUACCAGCAGGAACCGGCCUAUCCUUUGGGCCACUCCGCUUUCGCCCUGAGUGAAGCACUCCUCAAGAAGCUUGUGAAAGACCUCGAGGAGAAGCCAAUCGGAGGUGGCCAACAAAUUGAACCCAUUUGGGAGUUGGCGAACCGCCUGAGCAAACUGGGGGUGCACAUCACCGACCGGAAGGAUGCUUUCUGCUUGCGCAAAGCCGCUGGCUGUGCUACAUGGGCACGAGACCUGGAUAGCUAUCGCCCAUCAAUGGGCCUUUCGCCGAAAGACGUCGUGAUUGCCGUGAAGACUGUCGGCAAGUUCCACCAGCCGCGAAUUCCGCUGCUGAAGGAGUUUUGGGCAGAUGACAGCCCUAGCGACGUGCUGUACCUCAGCAACCAGGGGGAGGAUGGCCGGCUCGGCGCGAAAAUCGUUGACCUGAGCCAGGAGUUUGGCGACAUGGUUGACCCUAGCAAGGAGUCGACCAAGCAUGGAAGUGGGCACUGCUCCAAGAUGCUCGCUAUCCUCAGGUAUCUGACAAAGCAUCAACCGCAGCGAAGGUGGUAUGUGGUAACAGACGAUGACACGCUUCUCAAUGUGCCGCGGCUGCUUCGCGUCUUGGAUUCCCACGACGACAAGAAGGCCGUCUACCUCGGGGAGCGCUAUGGCUGGUCGCAUACCGAAGAUCACGAAGGGACCAACUACAUCACAACUGGGGCUGGAAUGGCGCUGACAGCCAAAGCGCUGCAGCAAGUUGUCGCAUGCUCUUCUUGCACCUGCAGAUCUCCAGACAGUCCCGAUGACAUGUCUUUGGGCUCCUGGUUUCGGUCGCUCGGCGUCCAGGUGACACAUGAGGAAGGCUUCCACCAGUCGGAGCCUCACAACUAUCACAAGGACUUGCUCGCAGUCAGCGACGAACCUAUCUCGUUUCAUCGCUACAAUGCUCGAUUGCCUGGUGCCCAGUUCCAGCAGUUGCCCAGCUUUGCCCGUGAGCUGGGUGAUCGGAGCACUGCAUGA